GGCAGAUCGCCUGUUAGCAUUUUCUCAUUGGCUGCAGUAGCCGAUUUCAGCGUAGGGCAUAUGGCAGCGGUCUCAGCCAGUCAGACAGUUGCCAAUCACCCCUCAAGAAGCCCUCCGAUGUCUGAGCUACCCCGUCCGGCGAUGCGCAGAAAGAGCUCUGCACAGAAUCUCUUGACGUCCUUCAAGACGCCUGCUGGUCCAUCGAGCUCCGGGGGUAGCAUGUCUGCUGCUACUGGUGCUGCCUUUGCUGCUGCUGCUGCUGCACAGACACAAUCGCCCAACAUUCCACCCGGCAGGGAGUGGGACGGCCAGUCCGUGCACUCAGACACACUUUCAUCGACAGCGGCCCUCGUCGGCAAUGGCACGCCCGUCAUCGCCCAGGGCACUUCCGUCGAGUAUCUACGUGACUUGGUGCAGAAGAGAAUCAUUACACUGACAUACAUGCGCACUGUCCACGAAGGGCGCAGUGAUUGGUUUCACACGAUUAUGAUGUCUCGCACCGAACUCGACAAGGUGUUUAACAACAUAACGAUGAAGAAACGGACGCACCGCUUCGCUACUCUUGCUAUGUCACUGUCCAAUCUCCUCGACAUCCCUCAAGCACAAGAUUAUUUACGCGGAUUGCUGAACACCAUGAACGAGUACGAUCAGGCUAAGGAGGAACCUGACAAACCAAAAAUCCGACUAUUCCGCCCAAAAGCGGCUUUUGCUGAAUACAAUGUUCCGUUUUCUGACGGGACGGAAGCUUCAUAUCUUGUCUCGCCACAUAUACCCUUUCCUCUCGAUUAUCACCAGACAUUGCUAUCCCUUUUAGAUGUUAUCUCGGAAGUGUACAAUAAAAUAUCUCGCAUUCUUGGUCCUUCACCAUUUUCCAACUCAGGGCAGCAUAUGAUGGGUCCGCUUGGACUUCUGGCUCCUCACCCGGGUGUAUCUUACUUGUUUUCUGGUCAAGACUCUUUACAACGACCUACGGAUGACGGUGAUGGGAGUCUGUGGGGAAUAGCGAAUGCUCACAUUACCAGCCACGGGUACGGAGGCGCUAUGGGCAGUCCACCCCCAAGUUGGACUCCAGCCCUCGGAGAUACGCUCCUGAAGGUGGAUGCCAAGUUUAAGAAGAUCACAUCUACGCUCCUAAAAGAGCUAGACGCAGUUGCACGAAACGGAAUCAAGGACGAAUUGGCGUCCCUCGAUCCCUUACUUCGGAACGUCACCAGCCCGGUGGAUGUGCGGGAACAGUAUGACUUUGAGGGACAUUUGUGACUUCAGCUUCAUCUUACGGACAUUUGGAUUGUGUAUUAUGCUCUGUACUACUAAUACUACUAUGCUGUAUGCUCUCAAGUACUGCUUAUAACGCGACCUGUCACGCAGGCAGGUCACGCUGUC